AGAGAGGAUGCAGAGAGAGAGAGAGAGAGAGAGAGACAGAGAGUGAGAGAGAUGACGAUGAGGAGGAGGGUGUCGCGUCGCCGCGGCUUCGCCUCCAGGAAUCCGGGAGUAGAGCACACGCACACGGCCACGAUGCGCUGAGCUUGCGGCGGUGUGACUUGUCGAGAGUCGCUGAGGAGCAAAAACAAAAAGCAAAAAAAAACAACAACAACAAAAAACUGAGCAAAAAACAAGACGAUUCAAAGGCAAGCAAGUUGCAAAUCUCAGAGGAGAUGAACACCAACGAUGCCAAGGAGUAUCUGGCACGGCGGGAGAUACCUCAACUAUUUGAGAGCCUGCUGACGGGUCUGAUGUACCACCGGCCCGAUGACCCUGUGGACUACCUGGAGGGCUGCCUGAAAAAAGUGCGGGAGCUGGGCGGGCCGGACAUGGUGCGGUGGGACACGUUUGUGGGCCAGGAGAAGAAGCCGCUGCCGCCUCUCAACGGCGGCCAGUCGCGCCGCUCGCUCUUCAGAAACGUGAUGCCCGACAGUCCAAAUUUCCCCUACAGACGCUACGAACGCCUCCCUCCCAUCAGCCAGUUCUCCAUCGAGAGCGACUCGGACCUGUCGGAGACAGCCGAGCUCAUCGAGGAGUACGAAGUGUUUGAUCCGUCCAGGCCGCGGCCCAAAGUCAUCCUCGUCAUCGGGGGCCCUGGCAGUGGCAAGGGAACGCAGUGCCUGAAGAUCGCCGAGCGCUACGGCUUCCAGUACGUGUCGGUGGGCGAGCUGCUGCGAAAGAAGAUGAUCCACAACGCCACCAGCAACAGGAAAUGGAGCCUGAUCGCCAAGAUCAUCACCAACGGCGAGCUGGCGCCGCAGGAGACCACCAUCACUGAGAUCAAGCAGAAGAUCAUGAAGAUUCCCGACGCCAACGGCAUCGUCAUUGAUGGCUUCCCGCGAGACGUUGGACAGGCCUUGUCCUUCGAGGACCAGAUCUGCACUCCCGACGUGGUGUUGUUCCUGGCGUGCACUAAUCACCGCUUGAAGGAGCGCCUGCAGCGACGGGCCGAGCAGCAGGGUCGCCCCGACGACAACCCCAAGGCCAUCGAUCGGCGCCUAACGAAUUUUAAGCAAAACACCAUCCCCCUGGUCAAGUACUUCCAGGAGCGGGGCCUCAUCGUCACGCUGGAUGCAGAUCGUGAUGAAAACGAAGUGUUCUGUGACAUCAGUGCGACUCUGGACAACAAGCUGUUCCCCUCGCAGGAGUCCGCUGCAGGUCCAAGUGAGCUGGAUCCCAAUCUGCUGCCUGUAUGCAACAUGGUCGACUUUGCUGGAAAGAACGAUGAGGAUGAAGAGGAGGAAGAGCUCAGAUACACCGAAGGAAGCGAAGAGAGUUUCUGCACACAGCUGAAGAAGCCUCAGGUCAUCUUUUUAAUGGGUGGCGCGGGCUCAGGCAAGCGCGUACAGUGCGAGCACAUGGUGGACAAGUUGGGCCUGCGACGGGUGUCGCUAGCCGACCUGCUGUGCAGCGAGAUGCAGACUGACAGCGACAGUGGGCGCCACUUGCGUGACGUUCUGCAGAAAGGAGAGCCCCUGCCGGAGGACGUUACCAUGGAUCUGCUGUGCGAGGCAGUGGCGGCGGCUCAGCGGCAGGCCAAGGGCGUGGUGGUCUGCGGCUUUCCCGUAGACCUGAGACAGGCACAGCUGUACGAGGCCAAGAUGGGUGAGCCCACCGCCGUGCUCCUGCUCAGCUGCUCCGCCCAAACCCUCAGCAGUCGUCUGCAGAGCCGCCGGAGUUCUGCUUCGGCAAUCGUGUCGGCCCCAGACAAAGACGGCGCACCCUGCUGGUGGGCUGACAGCUUCUGGGCCGACGCCGAGCCAGUGGCGGAACACUAUAACAGCAAAAUGCUACUGCACACGAUUGAUGCUGAAAGGUCACCUGACGAAGUUUUUGCUCAGAUCUGCCAGGUGGUGGAGUCCCCUCCCGCUGUCUAACUUAUUAACAGACACCCACACCCAGAGUAAUAAGAGCUCAUGCUGGCAUUUUAUUUUUUAUUUUUUUUGUGGACCAGCCAAAAUGUCCCCACAAUAAUGGUGUGAUGUCAAGAGGGGGUGCCACACAAUGACAGAAAGAACGAGAACAAGAACACCGGCUAAUGGAAUAGAGAGGAAGGAGUGCUAAUAGUUAAGCAAAAUGACCCCCCACCACCCCCCACCCAAAAAAAUGGUUUGUAAUUGCCUACAGAUGGCGCCAUCCCAGUGUUUCAGAAAGUGCACAAAAACAGCAAUUAGGCAUGUUAUUCAGCAAAUAACGGCGAAUAUGCUCCUAAAGAAAUCUGUGAACGAGGUGAAUUUGUGAGUAGCCAAUCAUGAAUAGGCACGGGACACUGUACAAUCACACGCCACACUAAAAACACACACACAGCUGCUCUUCUCCUGGUUGUCACGUGCAUUAUUUGAUUCUUCCUAUUUGCUUAACACAAAAAGUGGGGUUGAGUCGGCAGGGUUUGACUGGACCGAGUUGUGAUUUGACAGCCGAGUCAAGGGCGCCGCCUGCAGGAGAACCCAAAGACUGCUCCUGUCACGCACGUCACAUAUUCAUGUUUUGUGUAGUAAAGAAGCAUGCACUCACUGUCAAACAUGAUGGAUCAUUUACCAAAAAAAACUUUGUACAUUUGCUAAAUUGUUUAAAAUGUGAGUCUGCUGUUUAAAUAUCAAUAAAGUUGUGUAUUUUGA